AUGAGGGCUGUAGCCUUCUUUAUAUCUCUUUAUGUCUCGCUUUCCUACGUUGGGGCAAUACACAUGCCCUUCGGGAACAUACGAGCUUACAAGAUACGCAGAGACGACCCCAAUGUAAUCAAAUCGCGACUGCGACGUGUUACAUGCAUCUCGGCCCUGAACUUGAUUUUGGUUCCAUUGUUCAUCUCCGUCUUUGGUCAAAUUUCUUUCAAAGACGCGGCUUUAUCCCUGGGCCUUAUACCUGGCGCAUAUCACGAUGACAGUCUCUCCAGAUUUGUUUUCGACUUGAACGGGUAUGUGCACGACACUUUACAAGUACUGAAACUGGCAUCUAUUCUAUACUGCGGCCCUUUGCUAGACAAUCUCUUAUAUUAUUUGGUUGUUCCUGGCGAAAAUCUGUUCUCACCCUUCCGGGACUUGAAAAACGAGGUAUACAGCAUAUGGGGUCUUAGAAACUACGUUUUCGGACCAUUGAGUGAAGAGCUGUUUUUCACAUCUUUUAUGGUCAACUCCAUUCUGCUAACCCAGCCGCAUUCAACAGCAUUCAAAACAGUGCUUUGGAUUUCCCCACUUUUUUUCGGCCUUGCUCAUGUUCACCACGGAUGGGAAAUGCACUCAAUAGGACUCUACUCUCCGGUUCAGAUUCUCGCAACGGUUGCGCUGCAGUUCACAUACACGACGAUCUUUGGAGCGUUCACCAAUUUCGUAUUUCUGAGAUCAGGACGCAAUUUAUGGGCGUGCGUUGCGCUGCACACGUUUGCAAACUACAUGGGCUUGCCCCAAGGCUCAGAGCUAGCAGUUUGGCUCGAGGAAAACUACAAAAAGGUCGCAUUACGCUCGUUUUUGGGCUCGAUAUUCAAAUACGCCUACGUUGCACUUCUAGUAUUAGGCAUUGUGGGUUUCAAAAACAACAUCUACGCGCUAACGGACAGUAAAUAUGCCGUUGAGGUCUAA